CAAAAACCAAAUAAAGAAGACAUUUUUACACACUCUCUGUGGAAUCUCUUCAAGCUUAAGUCACUAGGGUUCUUUUCUGGGGGAGAGUCUCCAUGAGUCUCUGGAACCUAUCUUGCCUCCUAAUGUUCUUCUUGGGAUGUUGCAGUAUGAACCAAGGAAGCUGAGUCUCUCACGGUUUUCUCAGUACUUGUUGUGGUGUCUGAACUCUGGGAAUGAUAUGAGCAUGAGAGUUUCCACUUGUUUAAAGCUGUGUUGAUAAAGUAACUCAUUGCUAAUGGGAUCGUUUGCGGGUGCUUGUGAAAUUGUUGAGGAGAAAGAUGUGGUGAGGUUGGCUAAACAUUCUAGUAGAUACUGUAAACCAGCAUUGGGAUCAUCAAGCAAAGAUAUGGAGCGUCCUGUAGGUUCUAUGGAGUAUGACAUUGAUCAGCUUUUCCAGUCUAUAUCUAUAAAACAAUCACCUGGAAGAGUGAUGGGAUCUUCUUCUUUCCAUCAUCUUGAGACUAGUGCAAGCGCUGGUACGAGUAGGAGCACAAGCCCUUCGAAGAAAAGUGCUAUGAAAAAGCCAUUUCCUAUGGGAGUCACCCCUAGAUCACCAAGAGUUGGUCCUUCUGAUUCAGUUUCAUUGAAGCAGGCUCUUAGAGAUCUUUGCAUCUCAAAGGCAUCAGAAAUGGCUGCUCAGAAACGGUUGUCAAAAUCUGCUGCUGCUUCUCCGAGGGUGUCUGAAGCAGACAGGAUAAAGAGUCUUUAUAGACAAGUUUUGAAUGAAUCUGCAGGCAGGUCUGGCCUUCCUGUGGACAAGGGUAAGAGCUUGGUUGAAGUAUCUUUGACGCCUGUAGACGAUAUACCCAGCUCUUCCAAGAGUGUGCCUGAUGUCCUUGAGACAAAGCCUUCUAAAUUCUUGUCUGAACCAUCUCAAUCUGGAAAUAGAUCAGGAUUGCAGUCACUGAGAGAGACUGUGUUGUUGUAUAAAUCCAACAAUUCUGGAUCUUCACUCAGUUUUGGUAGUGGAGAUUUUGAGAUAGACUUUGAAGAAAAUGCCACAUCUCCUCCUCAUAUGGUCAUUGAAGAUGGUGUGGUAGAAAUAGACAAACAUGUUACCUCGGUGCCUUCAUGUUCUGGCAGCAAAGUUGAUGCUGAAAAGGAGCUAGAGAAGAGCAUCUACUUAUCAGCUAGAGUGCAAAGUGAGCCAAAAGCUGUGAAAUCAGGGCUAGAAGGAAAGCUGGAUAAUGUACCUAGUUCAGGAACAGAGAACAUCAAACUGGUAAACAAGGUAAAAAGAAACAUCCCACGUCCCAAACCGCGGCCAAAAAGAAAGAUUUUGGUUAAGAAGAAGUUAAGAGUCGUUGUAGCUUCUGCUACAAAAAUGGUUGAGGAAACUGAUACUUCCUUAGAGCCUAGUGCAAGCCAAACUCUGUGCCAGAAAUGCCACUGUUCGUUAAAGAGCAUCACCACUGAAAACCAUCCGCCAACAAACGGUCUGAGAUCUUUAUCAGAAAAUGUCAGUAAUAAAGAGACCAGCAAGGAGUCCUCCAAUUCUUGUGAGGUUAAUGAUAGCAGAGAAGCUAACAUUGUCAUGCAAGAACAUGCCAUUCAAACCAAUUACAGUGAAGAAGGUGAUGUGAAUGAACAAAGAAGAGAGAAUCCAACUUCCAGCGACAAGAUUAUAUUCUCUUUGAGCUCAAAGGAUAGCAUAAGAAACUACAGCAGUAGCACAAGCAUGAGUGAGGAGAGCAAUCUUAGCAGGUUUAGCUGUGGCAAUAAACCUCACAUGUCUAUGGAUGUGAGAUGGGAAGCAAUUAAGCACGUCAAGUUGCAGUGUGGCCCUUUAGGACUCCGACAUUUCAACCUUUUGAAGAAGCUUGGUUGUGGAGAUAUAGGAACAGUUUAUCUCGCUGAGCUGGUUGGUACUAAUUGCCUGUUUGCCAUAAAGGUCAUGGACAACGAGUUUUUGGCCAGAAGGAAAAAGACGCCGAGGGCACAGGCGGAACGUGCAAUACUUAAAAUGUUGGACCAUCCUUUUCUGCCUACCUUGUAUGCGCAGUUCAUUUCAGAUAACUUAUCAUGUUUGGUAAUGGAGUAUUGUCCCGGUGGUGAUCUUCAUGUCCUGAGGCAGAAGCAGCUUAAUAGGUGCUUCUCGGAACCAGCAGCUAGGUUCUAUGUAGCAGAAGUCCUCCUUGCGCUCGAGUACUUACACAUGCUUGGUGUUAUAUACCGUGAUUUGAAACCAGAGAACAUUCUAGUUAGGGAAGAUGGUCACAUCAUGCUUACAGAUUUUGACCUCUCACUCAGAUGUGAGGUGAACCCAACUCUUCUCAAAACAACUUCUCAUGCCGGGAAAGAUCCUGCAAGGAUGUCUGGUCCAUACAACACAUCCAACUGCAUACAACCUCUAUGUAUCGAACCAUCAUGCCGUGUCCCAUGCUUCAGCCCAAGGCUCUUAUCAAAUUCAAAACCAAGAAAACAGAGAAGGCCUGAUCUUUUGACACAACAGUUCAGAUCAUUGCCUCAGCUUGUGGCUGAACCAACCGAAGCAAGAUCAAAUUCUUUUGUAGGAACACACGAGUACUUGGCACCGGAGAUCAUUAAAGGAGAAGGACAUGGUGCUGCAGUAGACUGGUGGACGUUUGGGGUCCUUCUCUAUGAGCUUUUAUACGGGAAGACACCAUUCAAAGGUUAUGACAAUGAGGAGACAUUGUCCAACGUUGUGUUUCAGAACCUCAAGUUUCCUGAUAGCCCGCUUGUGAGCUUCCAGGCAAAGGAUUUGAUCAGAAGGUUGGUGAUGAAGGAUCCAGAGAGCCGUCUCGGGUCAGUGAAAGGAGCUGCAGAGAUCAAGAGACAUCCUUUCUUUGAAGGGUUGAAUUGGGCUCUCAUCCGCUGCGCCAUUCCCCCUGAGCUGCCGGAUGUAUAUGACAAUGGUGCAACGGAAGCAACUUCUCCUCAAGGGAAUGGUAAUGGGUAUCUUGAAUGUAAAGCCAUGGGAGAUCAUCUUGAGUUUGAGCUGUUUUAG